UAGACACAAGCCUACACCAGUAAUUGUUGCGCAUAGCGCCACAGUGGCUAUCUAAAUAUUGAACAAUGUUCGUCGCCUACCUAGCCUUUUCUUGCACACUUCGGGAAGCAGAAUGGGACGUCUCCAGCGUCAUUUAGGCUGAGUGAUAUCCAAAGAUAGUCGUUAGUACCGAGGAUUGCUGAGCUUUGCGGGUCCUUGCAAAGUCUUAACUUGCCGGGAGGAAAGCGGAGACGGGGACAAGCAGGCCAGAACAAUGUCAGAACUAAGAACGUCAACUGCCCGCAAGGCUGCCACGCUCAAUUCAGCUUUGACGGCGGCCAAGUCCAAUGUGGUUCAGCAAGCCAAGCUGAUGGACUCGGCGGGCACUGCCUGGCACGCUGUGAAAUAUGGGAACCUUGAGAUGAUAACACGGCUCUUCCCGAGCCAGUGCAAUGUCUACAGCAAGGGGCCGGUGGGGGAGAACGUGUUUCACAUCGCGAUGCUCCUCAACACGCCAUCCACGCUGGCAAUUGCAAAAUACCUGGUUAAGCUGUACGGGAAAACCCUUGUGAACACGCCGUACCAAGAGCGGAAAUCAGAGGCGGACCCGCCAGGCCAGUACGAGGGCGAAACCGCGCUGCACAUCGCCAUCGUCAACCACGACUUCGACAUGGUCAAGUUCCUGGUGCAAAACGGCGCGGAUGUACGAGCCCGUGCGUACGGCUCCUUCUUCCAGCCGGGCAGUGCCGUGUACUACGGCGAGUAUCCGCUGAGCUUCGCGGCCUGUACGGGACAAAAAGACAUUGUGUCGUACCUUAAACGCCACGGCGCGCGGGUUAACCACGACAGGGACCAGUGGGGCAACACCGCGCUGCACAUGUGUGUCACGCACGACCAGCCCGACAUGUACGACCACCUGGUGGAGUACUGCGGGGCCUCGGAGCACGUGCAGAACAACAGGUCGCAGACCCCCCUCCUGCUGGCCGCCUCCCUGGGCAAAGUGGAGAUGCUGCAGCACAUCUACAACAAGCGCCGCCGGGUGGCCUGGGCGUACGGCCCCGUCACGUCGUACAGCCUCAGCCUGCGGGAGAUCGACACGACACAAAACCCGGGGGAGUACGUGCCCUCCGCCAUCGAAACCCUGGUGCGGAAGGGGCAUCUGGAGGUGCUGGGGGACCCGCUGGUGCAGACGCUGCUGCAGACCAAGUGGCAGCGCUUCGGGCAGACCAUAUUCCUGGUGCAGGUGACUGCCUACCUGGUGUGGGUGGUGUCGCAGACCUUCCUCGUGUGGCUGCACGCGGAUGAGCGGCUGUGGAACGGCAGCGCGCGUUUCGCCAUGGAGGUGAUUGGCGUGGUACUGGGCGGCGGCUUCUUCCUCAUGGAGCUCCUGGACUUUGCGCAGUGGAGCGUGGGGGUGUACCGCCGGCGGAAGCUCAUGAAGGCGGCGUCAAAGUACCGACCGCCGCUGUACCCCAUACCGGGCGAGAGGCUGGAGGCGGUAAACACGCAGAAGUCCAACUUCCUGUCGCGCCUCAUCGCCAGCAACCGCAACCCCCAGGCGGUUGCAGAGGCAUGGGAGCACUCGGGGCGGGCCAUGCACCAGGCCGCCAGCAGCAGCGGGGGCGGUAGCAGCGGCUGCGGAGGCGGGGGCGGUAGCAGCGGCGGCGGAGGCGGGAGGGAUGAGGAGGUUGCGGCUGGAGCAAGCGGGGGCUGCGGAGGCGAUAACGCCAUUGCCGCCGCUGCAGCCGGACCUGAGUCUGUUCCAGUAACGGCAGCAGCAGCGGCAGCUGCAGCCCUUCCGUUGGCGCACAUAGCCGAGGGCGGCGAGGAAGGUACCUUCACAGGUACCGGUGACGGCGGCGACGGCUGCAGCGGGGAUGGGGACAGGAACGGGGGUUGUUGGCAUCAGCCCGCUGCCACAUGCCGUGGCAGCAGCGGCAGCAACGCGGGGCCGGUCGCGGAGGGCAUGGAGACGCCCCCCCUAGGCGGUGCCGCUGCCGCCGCCAGCUCUCCGUACGCCUCUGGAUCCAAUGCCGUACAGCCUACAGCCGGCAGCAGCAGCGACCCAGGGGUCGGCGGCGCCGGCAUGAACGCCAUGCAACACCUCUACCAGCAACUCGCGCAGGGCAGUGCCGCCGCAAACGGCGGCACCACCGUCGCUGCCAGCCUGGCCGCCCUCCAACAACAAGUCGCCGCGUUGCAGCAAAUGCGUAUCGCAGCCACUGCAGCCGCCGCCGCAGGCGGCGCAGGACCUUACUCGGCCACCUCCGCGCCCCUUACUUCCGGCGUGCCUGUUUCCCUGGGUUCUCAUGGGGGCAUGCUGCCCCCGGGUGUUUCGGGCGGGGGUAUGGGCAUGUCAACAGUGCCGGGCAUGAGCUCGUUGUCAGCUGUGGUGGGGCUACCGGAGCCCGUGGAUUUCGUGUCUGUGGGCUUGGGGCCCGGACCCGUGGGUCUGCCGGGGGGACUUGUUGGCGGCAGCAAGCGGACCUUCCCUGGAGCCUCGCAAGGACAGUCCAAGGUAACCUCCAUGCUACGCGCUCCGGACGCGACUCCCAUGCCGGGGCACGAGGGGCGCGACGGCCCGCCAGCCCGCAUGUCCAACCCCUCCGUGACCACCCUAACCCGCGUGCCCUCGCUGGGGGGAUCCGUGGGUGAAGGCGGUGAGAUCCGCAACCGCAUGCGGGGUGGCGGCGGCGACAACGUGGGCGGCUCCUCCAUGCCGCGUGCUGCCACCCGCCGUCAGUCCACCGGCGCGGGACCCGGCAGCGGCGGAGAGCUGGAGCAUGCGGACACCACAGUGCAGGGGGGCGCGGAGGAGGAGGCGCAGCCGGACCGAACACCGCUGGUGGUGCGGCACGUGAGGACGCUGCUUCACGCCUACCGCGGCUACCUGAAGCGCAUGAUGCGCGACCCCAUCCAGUUCGUUCACGUGUUCCACAACACCGCAACCAUGGUGCACUUCGUCAUCUGGGCCGCGCGGUACGGCGGGCAGGGCGGCUCCGGAACCACCAACCUGCGGCUGCUGGAGUUUGAUGAUGUGGUGGUGUCGCUCAUGGUGCUGAGCGGCUGGAUGAGCGUGCUGUACUACUCGCGAGGAUACCAGGCCGUGGGUCAGCUGAUGGUUCUGGUGGAGUUGUGUAGCUGGGAGGUGGUCAAGUUCGUGUGCCUCUACUUCAUCCUCAACAUCGGUUUCACGCUCGCAUUCUACACCUGCUCCAAGGGGGCGACCUCGGUGCUCCUGGGCUCCGAACCCAAGAUAACCUCCCUCGGUACGGCGCUCUUCGACCCCAUGUCCAACAUCGGCUACGGCAUGAUGCAGCUCGUACGGUUCCUGUACGGCGAGGCGGAUUACGACGCGCUGGCAAUCAGCCCCAAACACCGUGUCAAAACCGCCUUUGCCACCAUCUACUUUUUGCUGUACGUUGUGGUGGUGCUGCUGCUGCUGGGGAAUGUGAUGGUCGCCAUGAUUAUGAACGUCUUCUGGAAUGGCUGGGCGGGCGCGGAGAAGCAGUGGCGCCUUCGCUGGGCGCAAUACGUACUCAGGGCCGAGGCGCGCAUGCCCCUCGCCGUACAACAGCACCUCCGGCUGGGGGAAGUGUCGUACGACCCCGUACUGCAGACACGUGUGUACAACCACGUGUUUGAAGUGAUGGAGGAGCGCGAGAAGGAGGAGGAGCGCGAGGCGCAGAUAAAGGCGCUGGAGGCGGCCAUUGACAAGAUCCGAUCUGGGUCCAAGCGUGAGAACAAGCGAGCGUGAGGGAUAAGGGGUGAACGAGGGGGGAGCGGGGCGGCGGGAGUGCAUGAGCGUAAGGUGAUGGGUUGAGGGUGCGGAGGGCUUUGGUUGCGGUUGUGCGUCGGCGGGGUUUGCGGAUGUGCAUGUUGGAGCGAGCGUGAGAAGGGGAGGAUUGCUGCCGGUGUGAUACUGUCUUCUGUAAAUCGUCCAACCGUGGAGCAAGUGGAAGGGUGGGUAACGCGUUAAGCGGCGUACGAACGGGGCCAGGGCUCGCAUUGGGUUGAAUGAAAGGGUCGGGGGGGGACCCUCCCCCGCCUCACUCGUUGUGGCCGAGUGGGAGGUUCCUUGGGAGGGCCCAGGGUGCAAACACUUACUACAGAUUUCAUGGUGUCAAGGAGUACGUUUCGAAAUUGUGCUUUGGGUUUGGUUUCUCGCAAGGUCUGUUUCCUGGUUCAAUUGCUCGAGCCAAGUGCUGCUGGGGUCAAGUGUGAAGCGUGCGGGGCAUUUGAUGCGUGCGGGGCACCGUAGCGCAUGGAACACAUGGACGAGGUCGGGAAGGUUCAAUUGGCCGUACACGUUGCUUUCCGUGUCUGCAUGACGCUCGCCACAAGGCCCUCACCUGCCGUAGUAUAUAGGGGGAAGGGCUCUGUGAGCUGUUUGCAUGGUGCUUUAAUACGUAACUUAUGACCUAACCUGACCUGAAACGAACCCCUAGUGUACAGUGAGCACGGGGUAUGCGCCCGAUUUACUAAGUAUGCAGAGCAUGCCAGAGUAUCGUUGGUGCUCAGUGGGGCUUGUCGUGCCGUUCAGGCAACUCAUGGACUGGUUGAGUGGCCUAGGGCCUUUGACGCGCCACGAGCGGCUUUUGAGCGUCGUGCUCCUCAUGCGGGUAUGUAUAA